UGCCAGCCGGGCCGCACGCUUCUUCUUCCCCACGUAAACAUUAACCCCCAAAACAAAACACGACCCUGGCUGGAAACAAUCCGUAUCUCGACAAAAAUUUAAAAAAAAAAACAACAGAACGCGCCACAGACUCGUAAUAAUUAUACUAACACGCUUUCGCGCCAAAACAUCUGUCAAUCUAUCAACUUUUUAGUGCUAAUAAAACAUGAAGCAAUAACACGGUGUUAAUAGUUUUAAUUACGUGCAAGGGUGGUUCGACGUUUUAAUUUUUAAUAUUAAUUUUUUUUGUUGUUGUCGUCGUGUGUAUAUUAUAAAAUAAAAAACGAAUAACAAUUUUUACAACAAAAAAAAAACAACGAACGAAGGCAAUAAUUUUUACUAACUAUUAAGUGAAAAAUAAAAUUUAAAAAAUCUUGACUGUGAUCGAAAUAAAUCUACAAUCAAAGUGUUCGUGUUAAGUGUCUUCAAGUGAAUUAAAGGUUUCAAGAUGGCUUUUGCAGCGGCGCGUAUGAUCCUUAAGGAUAAGAGGAGGAAGGCUUCCAAGGAAGAUUUUAGAGAUCCAAGAAAUAGAAGCAAGGCCCGGAGCGCUAGCACCAGUAGCUUUAGGAGUGUAAGUCAGGCCAGAAACAAGCCGGCAGACGGCGGUGGACACGUCAAUCAGAAAAACGCCGCGGGACAAAAAGCAACGCCUCCAUGUCAAAAAGGUGCAUCUACAAAAGGUGGUCCAAAAACUCCAGUCAAACCAUCAGCGCAGAAGGGAGCAGCGAAGACAGCACCACCGAAACAGGCGGCAGCAGCUGGAGUGAAGACGCCACAAGGAAAGAAGAAAAAGGGCCAUAAGCAUCAACAAUACGAACUGAUCGUCACAAUUAACUUGUCAGAAUAUGGCCUUACAGAGGAACAAGUCGCAGAAUUCAAGGAAGCGUUCAUGCUGUUCGACAAAGACGAAGAUGGCACCAUCACGAUGGCUGAGCUGGGAGUUGUAAUGAGAUCACUGGGACAGAGACCGUCAGAGACUGAAUUACGAGAUAUGGUGAAAGAAGUGGAUCAAGAUGGCAAUGGAACGAUUGAAUUUAAUGAGUUCCUUCAGAUGAUGUCUAAGAAAAUGCGCGGAGCAGAUGGCGAAGAUGAACUCAGAGAGGCUUUCAGGGUAUUUGACAAGAACAACGACGGGCUAAUAUCCUCAGUAGAGCUCAGACACGUCAUGACCAACCUCGGUGAGAGACUUAGCGAAGAAGAAGUUGAUGACAUGAUACGUGAGGCUGACCUUGAUGGUGAUGGCAUGGUCAAUUACGAUGAGUUCGUGACAAUAUUGACGUCGAAAAACUAGUAUGCAGAGGAACAACCCAAGAGAGAUCGUUCCCCACCGCGUCAGUGUCCGUAUCCGGAACUAACCGAGCUUGGCGGGAAAGAAACUCUCAUUUAAAUGAGUCAGUGUAAACUCAGUUUGGAAGUGUUGUUCUUUACGCCUCAGGGAGUGAAUUAACUGUUAAUGUGAAACGAAACGCCUAAUCUCCCAACGAAGUUUUAGUUGCAUGACGUGAGAUACGAACGGCCUUUGUGGAUGUACCUUUUAUAUGUGCCGUGAACUGUAACCUAUAUUAUAAUUUAUUUAUCGUGUCGUAUAUUUGUUCGUUUUAUUUUCGUAUUGAAAUGUUGGCUCGCUAAUUUUGUAGCGGAUGUGAUAAAUUGCGGUAUGUCUCUUUACAUGACAUUUAACAUCAGUAAAGUUAUUCAAAAAUAAAAAGGAAGUCGGAUUCAAACGUAGAUUCGCUAGCUAAUAAGGCUGUUGCAUGAUUAUUUGGAUGUGCUUUUUAAUUAAAGCUAUAACGCUUAAUGUUUGUACGAUCUUGUAAACUCCAUUUAUCGGAAAGUAUAAACGGUCUGUAAAUAAUGCGUGUGAAAUGUCUGUAGAUGUAAACGGGCCUCUAAGACCUUUACGUUUCAAAUUUGAUGCAAAUGAGUAUAUUUGAUGUUGAAAACGUUGAUGUUUUAAAUAAUAUAUGUGUAAAGAUAUUUAUCGGCUACAUAUUAAUAAUAUAUGUACUUAGAUUAUCGAGAUUAAAAGACGAAAGAAAAAAAGUAUUUUAAGCGGUGUUUGAUCAUCAUUUGCGCGUCUAAUACGCAGUCGUCCCAUUAAUGCGAUCGCUGGAACAUGUUUGAAAAGAGAAAUCUUGAUUAAAGUACGUUUAAAAUAUUUUUGUGCCAUAUGUGUAAUUAUGGCAUAAUUGCCAUAUUCAUUUCACGAAUCAUGUCAGAACAUGGUUAGCUAUUAGUUUUGGUUGAUCAAAACGACGGUCACGGUCAGUGUUCACUAAAGCACGAAGGCCCUUGGUAUAUGAUAUUGGCCCUUCGUAAGCUAGCAUCGUAACUACAAGUAGAAUUUAAAAUGUUACAGAUUGGACUACCAAGAGCUAGCUAAGACAAGAAAAAUAUUUAUUAGUUACAUCUGGAACACGAUAUUCAAUUUAAAUGUCUAAAUUUAUUUUGCUAAGUUUUAUUUUAUCUCACUAAAAUAUAAAAUUAAUAUUCUAAAAUAUAAUAAGUAUCUUCACGUAAAUCGAACCAUACGAACGUGAUGUAAUGAAAUACAUCACGUUCGUAUGGUUUCAUUUACGCUAUAAUGCACGUAACUAAACUUAAUAAAAUUUUAUUAAUCAAUUACAUGAACUUUCCUGAGUACUUAUUUGCCUAAUACUCCUUUGAAUGUACCUCUAUCAGUGUCUGAAAAUCGUAAAGAAACAUAAAUAAUCGUCCAUUGGUUCUUGGUCUAUAAUUUUCAACAUAUAAUACUCCCUUAGAAAAUAUAGACGUGUCAUUUUGAUAUUGAAAUUAUUAAUAUAUCUGCAGUAGAAAAAAAAAAAAAAAGCAAAAUAAUAGUUUUAAAAAUAAUCGGUUGUGUCCAUUUUGUAACCGUAAAAUCAUUCUGUAUACAAACAAGUCUAACAAUGAUAGUAGAAUUAGUCGUGUGUUAUUGACUAGAUUGUGAUCUCCGUUAGUCUUCCAAAUCGUGGAGGUUGACUUAAAUAAAGAUCGUAAUGUUUAUUAUUACUGAAUGUGCUUGUAUAUUUUAGUGGAUGAAACCGCACCAUUAUUGUGACAGCAUUUUUUUGAACACUAUGUAUUAUGUCAUGUAUGUUUUUAAAUGUAAAGUUUAUUGUCCCCUCGAUAAUAUUAUUUGAACAAAUAUCAAAACAUUUUUUUUUAAACCGUUCUGGCGAAUAAAGAUGUGUUUAAAACUUCCUAUUUUGUGUUAUUAUUUUAAAUUAAUUUUAAAAUUAAAAUAACGUAAACAUUGUGUAUUAAAAAUAAGCUAAAAACAAUAAUAACAUCACUUAUUUAUUUUAACAUAUUCAUUAAAAAUGCCAAGAUAAGCGAAAUAUUCUAAUAAAAUAAAUAUUAUGUAAUUAAAUGUAACUUCAUUUAAACCAUUUACAAAUUCAUAUAAAAAAAUAAUGAAUAGUUAUUUAACAUAAUCGUUGUUGAUGUAUAACAUAUUAUACUAUUGUAUUAAUAAUAAAUGUGUUCUAGUUUGCAUUAUAUAUGUUUAGCAGAGCCCUAUAUAUUAUAUAAAGUAGUAAUAUGCAAGAUUAUAUCUAUUAUAAAUUAAAUACAGCCUAUAAUGAUUGGGCUUCCUCUUAAUUAGGAUUGUAUUAAUUUAUUUAUUUAAGUGAAAUUAUUUUAUGUACAAUAAGGACAAUAAAACAUUUCUCGUUCAUGUCAAUUUAACAGAUACAAAAAAUAUAAAAUAUAUUUCUGGAUUUUAAAAAACGAAGCACGAUAUUAUGUCGCAUAUCACGAGCAAUAAAUGAAUAAAUAAUUAAGUAAA